CCGUUGGACACCGCAACCGGUUUGCCGUCUCAGUGCGUUACCCGGUUUGCUCGAAGGAGUACGUCUGCCACCGCCGUGUCUGUGAUUGGAAUAAAAUAAAAACGUCGGGUUCAGAUCGUCUUAUUAUCUCUUUGUUUUAACAUCGGCAACGGUUAAAUUGUAUUCAUAUUUAAUCAACGGAAAUCCCACACUCUCCCGAGUCCAAUAGUCGCAUCGCCGCACUUGGACUUCACUCGUGGACCAAUACAGAUUCAUGAUGACAUCUAAUUGAAAGCUCAUUCAGACAACGAUCAAUUUGUUUCAUUAUGGAGUAUGGAGCCACGAACCAACCGGUGCCACUACAACCCAUUGUCAUUACCGAGUGCAAACUUUACAAAAGACGGUGGUCAAUGUUGGGACUGUUUGUUUUGUGUUCGAUGUGCAAUGCGGCACAAUGGAUACAGUACAGCAUUAUUUCUAACGUCAUAACCAAGUUCUAUGACGUGAGCACCUUUGCCGUUGACUUCACGUCCAUCGUUUUCAUGGUCACCUACAUACCACUCAUAUUUCCCGCGUCGUGGAUACUCGACAAAAUGGGUCUCAGGUUCGUCAUGAUUGCCGGCGCUUUGGGUACGGCCAUCGGUGCUUGGUUCAAAGUGGCGUCGGCCAGCCAAGACAGGUUUUACCUGACCAUGAUAGGCCAAACAAUAGUAGCCAGCUCUCAAGUAUUCAUAUUGAACUUGCCGCCACGUUUGUCGGCCGUCUGGUUUGGGCCAACAGAAGUGUCGACUGCGUGCUCCAUUGGAGUAUUCGGAAACCAGUUGGGCAUAGCCCUCGGCUUCCUCUUACCGCCAUUAAUCGUGCCAGAUAGCGACAACUUUGAUACUAUCGCUUCAAAUUUGUCCAUAAUGUAUUAUGGCACCGCCAUCGUCUCGACAAUAGUAUUUGCAUUAAUUGUAUGCUACAUCAAGGCUGCGCCUCCUUUACCGCCGAGUUUGGCUCAAGUGGUACAAAGAACUGCCACUUCGGGAGACCCGAAGAGCUUCAUUAAGUCCUUGUGGAGAUUGGUUGCCAAUUACGGAUUUCUUUUGUUAUUGGUUUCUUACGGCAUAAACGUUGGUUCGUUUUAUGCUAUUUCCACAUUGUUGAACCAGUUCAUUUUGGUUUAUUUCCCAGGAAGCGGAGAAGAUGCUGGUAGAAUAGGUUUGUCGAUAGUAUUUGCCGGUAUGCUGGGUUCUAUAGCAUGCGGCUGUAUACUUGAUAAAACUCACUUAUUCAAAGAAACUACCCUUGUCGUUUAUGCUUUCUCAUUACUCGGUAUGGUUGUCUACACGUUUACGUUGUCUUGCGGAUACAUUUUUGUAGUUUACUUAUCAGCCGUUUUACUUGGGUUCUUCAUGACCGGCUAUUUAGCAGUAGGAUACGAGUUAGCUGCUGAAUUGACUUAUCCUGAAGCCGAGGGGACAUCUAGCGGUAUGUUAAAUGCCGUAGUUCAAGUAUUUGGCAUAGUGUUCACGUUAGUAUACGGCUGGAUUUUCAAUGCAUCCGGAGACAAACCGGCCAAUUUAUUUUUGGCUGGAACACUAGUAUUGGGCACUUUAUUCACUGCCAUGAUACCAACGGAUUUACGGAGACAAGCAGCUCAACAAAAGAAAUCGUUGGUUAAUUAACAAUACCGUUAAAUCAUAUUUUAUUUUUAAGUUAUUGGCUCAAUAUAAAAUAUAUAUUUUUUUUGUAAAACAUAUUGUGAAAUAUGUUAUUAAUAAGUUUUAUAAAAAAAAAAAAAUAUGUAUACUUUGUAAAUUGUUAAGUUUAUGAUUGUCGGUUGUACCGAGUAUAUUUUAAAAAGUCUGGUCGACAGACAGGCACAAAAUAUACGUUAUUUAUCACCUCGCUCUUAGAUUGAAACCGUACUAAUUGGUUACACUGGGAAGUUAAUGAGAAAUACAAUAUAAAACCUCCCAAAAAUCAUUCUUCGGUCAUUUUUAAACUUUAGUAGCUCCUUGUGUAACCUAAUUUUUACCAUUUUUUAUUUUUAUUAUGUAAACAAAUGUUGUACAUUUAUAGUAUUUUUAAUUUUAAUAAAAGUUUAUCAGUUUUUACCUAUACAUACAAGGUCUAUCGCGAACUGAUGCAAUAA